GGGACAGUUCGCCGUGGUGUACCACUGUCGACACAGAAUCACCGGGGAAGAGUUUGCCGCGAAGUUUUCGUCCAGAUGGCGCCUCGGAGCCGACUGUACCGCAGAUAUUGUCCACGAAAUCGCCGUCUGUGCAAUGUUGAAACCCACCCAGCGGACCGUGCAGCUGCAAGACGUUUUCAGUACCGAGACUGAAUUUAUCCUCGUUAUGGAGUUUGGUGCCGGCGGCGACCUGCAGACUCUGCUUGACGAGGACAUGGUGCCCUAUGAACGUGACGUCAUCAGCUUCACCCGACAGCUCCUGGAGGGACUCGUCUUUAUCCACGACCAAAACAUCGUCCACCUCGAUAUCAAGCCGCAGAACUUGGUCCUGAUGGGAGAGUUCCCCGAAUGCGCAGUCAAGUUGUGCGACUUCGAGAUCUCGCGUGUGUUGACGCCGGGGGAAGUGCGUGAAAUCCUUGGCACGCCAGACUAUGUUGCUCCCGAAAUUCUUCACUACGAACCAAUCACAAAGAAGACAGAUAUGUGGUCCCUGGGAGUGCUAACCUACGUUCUCCUGACGGGCUUCCUUCCCUUCGGAGGCGACAAUGAUCAGGAGACCUUCUUGCAAAUCUCGAAGGGCGAGCUCGAUUUCCCCGCCGAGCUGUUUGAGGACAUCUCCCCGGAGGCCAUCGACUUCAUGAAGCGUCUUCUGCUCAGACAGCCAGAGCGACGCAUGAGCGCACGAGAAUGUCUCAAUCACUCCUGGAUGAAGAAGGAAGUGUUUAGACCAACUCGACCAACCACACUCAACCUUUCCACCACACUUCAUUCCCCCUCCCCCCGGCCCAGCCCGGGCACUCCCUCCCCCGCACCUGUCACGCCCCUGACGCCCGCACCUAUGACACCCUUGUCGGCAGUGCCACCAGAGGUCACCACCCCCAGCAGGGACAUCGGCCUCCCUCCCUUCCACCCCAACUCUCCUCUCAAGCACUCGCCUUCGUUCACCGGCUCCAUCUCCACGCUCACCUCCCCUGUCUCCUCCAUGCCUCCUGUUCCUCCAGCAUCCCUACAGAGGCAGGAAUCCAGAGUCCUGGCUAAGCACAACCUUGAACGCCUAAGGAGCAUGUCCAAGUCACGAGAGGUCUUGUCCGAGAGAAUCCAGAUGUCCAACCUGAAGAAGACCAUCUCGAAGUCUCGGGAGAGACUCUUCGACGCUAAGCUCGGCAUCUCGAGAUCGCGCGAGAGACUCAUGGGCCUGCGCUCCUUCUCACAGUCGGUGGAGGCUCUUACCGCCCUCUCCCGACUCAAUCAAGGAAACUCGAGAUACCAAAGUUGCAACAACAUUUUCCUCCCCAUGCUGGCUCCUAGCGAGAAGGAGGAUGAUGUGCCCUGCAGAAUGUACAAAAGCUUGGCCGCCAUCGACCAGAUUGACGGCAUCGAAUGCACUCACAAACUUGGCUAUUUUGAGUCUAGAUUUUGCAAGGAUGACGAGGACUACAACGACCAUGUGACGCGACACAACACCACCAUGAACAGCGUUUUCAUGCCACAGGACUCCACUAAGCCUGCCAGCGACAUUGCUUCUGAAGCACGGCUUCGAGGCGGCGGACGAGGUGGUCGAGGCGCUGACGUGUGUGACAAGCGGUGUACUCGGCACAGCCACAGACAGCCAGAGGCGCAGCACACACAGAAAAUUCCCAAAGUAAACAGGGCAGAGCGCAUGAAGAGAGAAGCUCAGAGACGACGCAAGGAGAGGAAAGAAAGAGAGAAGGAAGAAAAAGAGAAGGAGAAGAACAAGCAUAUUGUAAGCGAUCCCGAAGUUGUAGCUCGUACAAGUAACAAAAUUUCACAUGAAAAAUUAUCUGAAGGGGCAUCUUCGCCAGUCGGACGUCGAGGCUCAGUGUCACAUGUAGAACAACGACUAGCAGAACGCCACGAAAGACAGCAGGAAAGACUGGAAAAACAAGAAAGAGAAGAGAGACGAUGCAGCAUCAGUGGCAGAAGACGAGGGUCCGUUGACUGCGACAGAAGUACAGUCACUGAAAAAAUGAGAACCCACAAGACUAGCAGUGGUCUCGGCGUGUCCCACGAACGCCCGCGCAGCACCACGCCCACGCGGCGACAGAAGGGAAAGAAGGGAUCCAACGAAGGCAGCGACGUGUCCCAGGCCUCCUCCAUGGAGAGCGUGGAUGGCAACCUGGACAGCCCGCGAUCGCCCACCAGACCAAAGCGCCCGACUUCCUUGAACCUUCCCGAAAUCAAGAUCCUCGCGAAGCCAAGCCCCAAGAGCGAGGAUGAAAAUGACAACAUCGUGAAGCAGGAGUCUCAGGGCGACCACGAUGAGGCCUACGUGUCACUCGAGGAGCCAAGCCUGUACAUCAGAAGUCGCAGUCUGGAGGACAAUGAAACCAACGAAUCUAACAGAACACUCGUGGAAAACAAACAAGAAACUCGCACACAGGAAGCUCUUGAAACAAUUCAAAAUUUAGUAAUCAAAGAAGCUUGUGAAUUGGAUGUUUAUCCCGAGAAAAAUGGCAGCACAGAAAAAAACGAGACGGAAAAAGACCAGAGUUUGCAAGUGACGUCAGAGCGAGGUCUGGCCAAUUCUGGGGAAUUGACUGUAAUUCGGGAAGAGGACGACGGCUCCCCUAAUAAAUCGCCGAGAUCAUACUUGAGAUCGGUGUCAAACAGCAGCGACUUCGGCAGCAUGGUAAGCGAGGGCAGCGAGGGCUCAGUAGACCGGGAAGAUGGUUCCCUGCGCAGCCCUGGCGCGGAGGGUGAGUUCCACUCUGAGUGGAGAGGCCGCCUUAGGUCCAUGAGCAUUCAGCCUAACUGCACCGCGCCAAACAAGAGCCGAGGGAGAGCCAGAUCUAACUCCAUCCACCUGGAACCCAACGUCAACAACCGCGCCAGACCUUGGGGCGAGCUCUGCAAUGGCGCAGUAGCCCGCGCUAUGGAGAAGUUCAACAUUAAGGAGAAUGCUAUGACCACUGCAGGAAGAACCAUCCAGCAACGACGAUUGUCAACUCCAGUCAUCUCCCCGACGGAGGAAGAAUCGGCGUUCCUGCCGUGAAGGUUUUGAGCGUUCCGCUUCCCACCCACCAAGCAGAUGAAACUGCGACCCUUUGCUGAAGGUUUAUUUCCAAUCUAAUCAUGAUUUGGCAUUAACCAAUGCAACUCUGAGAAGUUAAACACAGAGUUCCAGGAUGUUCACCAAAGUUCAAGAUCUCCAUUGAAGUGUUCUUCGUUUGUCGUCGGGGUCAUUUUGCUAGUCAUAAGAUCACUCACCACGGCGCUCCUGACCGGGCCCUACAACCCUGCGGCUCUACGCACGGCUGCCAGCUACGAUUCCUUCCGACAGCCAAAGGGAACAUCCAGUACUUCAAGUGCAGGAGGGACAUGUGCUCCCGCUGUGUGAAGCAGUAUGAAAACCUGCCGAAAUGUGCCGGCGAUACAGCAAGUAACCGAAUGAGGCUUAUAUUGCUUUAAUUACAAUAUCUUCUGUGUUUGUGUUUUCCACGCUGGUCGUUUGGACACGGCCGACUCGGUGCUUGUCAUAGAAACGGGUAAUUUUCAUUUUCCUUACAGGUGCUACGCCCAAAAAUGCCUGACGCUUGUCAUAAGACCUGGUUCUUCUAAGUCCUUAAGCAUGAAACUUGACAAAAACUCAUUUUACAUGCUUUCACAUUAUGUGGAAUUGAUACCUACUCUUUUUGUAAUAUGUGAAGUGGUUGGUCGAGUUUCUUUAUUCCUUUGUCAGGAUUUUUAAAGCCAGUCCGGGGUAGUGCUGUAUACUCUACUGCAUUUACAUUUUAAGAUUAUACGAUUAGCAUUUAUUACGUAAGCUUUUCCUUCAAACACAUGUUAAAACAUUAGAUACAAAUUCAGUUACCACGUGCACUAUAUUUUAAAGCUUAUAGAAAUUUUAACGAUGUACAGUUUAAAAAAGAAUUU